AACACCACUAAAGGAGCUGCAUGGAGAAACACCGGGGCCUCUGCCUAAUGCCACAGCACGCGGUUAUAAUACCAUUCUGCCAAGCUCCCAGUAAGAUCUGCACUUAACAUGAAGACUAUCCUACCACAUAAUUAUACACCAUCUGUGAGCACUUAUACAACUGCCUUCAGAAACCCUGCACUCCUUCUAAAGCCCAAGUUAAAGGAUUUCACACACCUGGACAAACUCCGCAGGCAGGAACAAUUUAUAUCGAAGUACCCACCACUCAUAAAGAGGGACAUGUCAUCACAGACUCUCAACGAUCCAUUCAAGAGAGAUGAAACAUCCCAUCGAACUAUCAGCGUUUCAACCAGCACCUUGCCACAAGAGAGGCAUACUGGGCUUUCUUACUACAGCCCGUCGUCUGGUCGCUGCUACCAUUUUAGAAAUCUAAAGGAGGAAGAGUUAAAAGCAAGAGGUCUUAUGUACUACCAUGAGGACAGAGAAAGAAACAAACAUAACUCGAAGCUGAUAGAUGACAGACUAUACAUGGAUCCACUGUUCUCUUCCAACAAGUACCCCUGUGCAGCCUUAAGGUGGGAGAACAGUCAUUUUCACCUCAAGAGAUUUACUCCUAAAACAUCCUAUGUCAUCCACCCGGACUUCACUUCUGAGUCUACUAAAAUAAACACAAACAAUCAUGACUCGAGUCUGAUAGAUGACAUGGAUCCAGUGUUCUCUUCCAGCACGUACCCCAGUGAAGCCUUAAGGUGGGAUAACAGUAAUUUUUACCUCUUGAGAUUUCUUCCUAAAAAGUCCUAUAUCAUCCACCCGGACUUCACUUCUGAGUCUCAACAAGGAUUCUUCUAGUGGUGUGACUUCUUUAAGCACACUAAUUACCUUAAUGAUAAUCAAUUAAAAUCGU